CACACACACAUACACACAACGCACGCACAAGCAUAAUCAUGGCUAGUAUUAUACAGUGGUUAUUAGAUUGGUUAAGAAGCUUGUUCUUCAAGACUGAAAUGGAACUCACUUUGGUUGGUCUUCAGAACAGUGGAAAGACUACACUUGUCAACGUGAUUGCAUCUGGACAGUUUAUUGAAGAUGCCAUUCCUACUGUAGGAUUUAAUAUGCGUAAAGUGACCAAAGGUAAUGUCACUAUGAAGUUGUGGGAUAUUGGAGGGCAACCACGUUUUAGAAGCAUGUGGGAAAGAUACUGUCGAGGUGUAAAUGCUAUAGUCUUUGUUGUGGACGCUGCAGAUCGUGACAAAUUAGAAGCAGCUAAUACAGAACUUAAAAACCUCUUGGAGAAGCCUCAACUCAAUAACAUUCCUGUUCUUGUCCUUGGUAACAAGAAUGAUUUACCUCAUGCAUUAACUGCUGAACAGUUGAUUGAAGAAUUACACCUGAAAUCGAUUACGAAUCGGGAAGUGUCUUGCUAUUCUAUUUCAGCCAAAAACCAAGUUAAUAUUGAUAUCACAUUACAAUGGCUUAUUAAGAAAGGAAAAGGACAGAAGUAAACUGUGUUUUCUUUCUUUUCUUAUAUACCUUAUAAUCCUUCUUUUAUGUUACAAUAAAAUCCCUUUUCUUCUCUCUCCUUAC